GGCUUUUUGGGUGUUACUGGUUCUUUUCACGACCUGGACGAUGAGCAAGACUUUAGGGGUGAUCCUGAGCAAGGAGAGGGGAUCAGCGUUUGGCAGGAAUGUCAAAAAGGCUGCCGGCGCAGCUGCUCGCUCUCGGACACCAGGGUGGGCCCAGGGCCAUUGGUGGAAAGGGGCACUGCAGUGGCACCAACAGCCCUUCCCCAAAGGCGGCAUCAGUCUGAGCGGCUGAGAAAAGGAGGGCGGGGCCUUCUUGCAAGGAGGGGAGGGGCCUUGGAACCUCUGAGAUUUGCACCCUGCCGCCUUCCCUGCCCUUUUGUCCCAGGGGCCCUUAAGAUGUCCGAGAAGGGAAAGGGCCGAGGGAGCGUCCCCUAGGAUGGUUGCGGGCGUCUGGGAAGCACGAAACUGCCCCUCUCCAUCUGACAACCCUCCCCAGCAAGCACUCCUCCCCCGGCAGCCAAAGGCAGGGAGAAAUCUUGGUCCAUGCAGCUGAGAAGGUCCCCUUCCUUCCAACUUCCAUCGUCAUGGCUGCAGAUGUUCCAUUGCUCGGGGAGAGUCUCCUAAGCCCAGGCAGGUCUCCCAUCUUUUUAGAAAUCAAAGAAAUAAAGAGGCAGCCUCGGCACACACACGUUUCUCAAGAUUCAGGGGAUCUCCAUUUUAGGAGAGUUGGUGUCCAGGUGUGUUCCUUUCUUCAGAUCUGUCAGAAAUGGAGACCUGUCUGCGGGAAUUAUGCAGGACGGCUAACUGCUAAACGGGAAUAAAGCGGGCCUUGUGUGACCGGGUGUUUCUGCUGCCCAGGCCGCAGCUAGAAAACAUGGAGCCCUCAGGAGGAGCAGCAGCAGAAGCAGCUGACGGGAGCCCUGAAGCCACCACGUCCGACUUCGUUCCCCGGGAAAAGCCUCCCCUUGGCGCUCCCCUUGACCCCGGAGCAGGGCAGACACCGAGCUGCGAAGAAGAGCCUGAGCUCCUGGGACAACCGGACCCCGGACAGAUGUGUCCACCCGCCCACUCGAAAGUCCUGCCGUCUCCAAUGGGGAAGGAGGGAGCUACACUGCAGCAGCCGCAAAAAGCUCUCUUCCUGAGGAUAACCCUGAUCAGACGACGGACGGGCCUUCCUGAUUCUCAGCUGCAGGAGUAUCUGCAGGGAAGACUCCGUCUCCUGGAGAACGACAGCCAAGGGGCCGUGGCAGUCUUUAGUGAGUUGUCGGCCAGGUUGCUGUCCAUCCGCAGUGAAGACCACCUCGUUGCCAUCACAUUUUGGACCUUGGAGGAAAUCUGGAAGUUUAUAACUUACUAUUCUCUUGGUUUCUUAAAUCCCUGUCUGGAGACUCUGUUGCUGGACGACUCUUUCUGGCUCUCUUCACCAGAAGAAGCUGCUGGAAUUGAGGUCCUCCUAGAUGAAAAUUGUCUCCACCGGGUGUACAGAGGACUCUUGGUUCAAGAAGGUGCCUAUUUUGGGUUUUUUCCUGAGAACAUUGAUAUAGCUGAUGGAGGUGCCAUUUGCCAGGUGGAAUCGGCAGCUCUAGAGCAAGUCCAGAAUGGCCGCACCACAGAUGUCUUGGAAACCUCGAUGCCUUUCCACCAAUGGUUUCUGAAAGCAAAUGCAGCCUCUGACGGGUUUGCCUGCGUAACUGCACUUCCAGUCACAGAUCAAGCGGCCACAGGAUUAUCUGCCGCAGUCGUCAGCCAUGAAAGCGUUGUGCCGGAUGAGAUCAGUUUCCAAAAAGGAGACACAAUUGAAAUCAUGGGCUAUUUCAUGAAAUGCAUGCCUUGGUUUGUGGGAAGGCGACUCUCUACGGGCCAGGUUGGCUUUGUGCAGAGCAGCUGUGUGGUGCCCGAGGGCUUCGUGGCCAUCGCUGCAGAACUUCCAUAUAUGGAUUUCUUUGAGGAGGACGGUGACUCUUUCAUGAAAGAAGAAUCCCUCCUGGAGAACCUGACCAGGCUCUUGACACAAACCUCCCAGGAGAAUAUUUGCAGCACCUAUCAAAUUGAUGCAGAGAAUGACGCCGGCCUUCAAAAACCUCGCGAACAAGAAAUGCCAUCUUCCUUCUUUAAUGAAAAGGAGAGUCCAAUUCCAUGCAGAGCGGUGCGGUCAUUAAUGAAGAUGAAGGACUUUCAACCGACUGAGGACAAGAAGCAGCAGCUCCCCACUUCCGACAGGCGGGAGGAUCCUCCCCUGUUGCAAAAGCCACGUUUCUCCAUGCGCCAGGAUGGUACUUUGGGGCCAGAAAUUCCUGAUUCGUUAUUGUCAUUUUUGAAUCGGGAAGGCUACGAAGACGGCUUCGGGGGCCUCUACGACCCUCCGUUGUCCUUUCUCAAGACGUCCUUCUGUGGUGAUGCCACUGAGCAAGAGCUGAUGGAUUUCUUGGCUCGAGCCCGGGCAGUGGCCAGACAAGCCGACCUGCCCUGGGCCGUGACACGGCUGUGCUACCUGCUGGGGAGAAUGAGUCUCCGGAAGUUCAAGCUGUCUCAGGCUCGGGUGUAUUUUGAAGAAGCUCUGGCAACCCUACGGGGGGAUUUCCGUGACCUCCACUUGGUAGCUACUCUCUACAUCCAUCUAACAGGCAUUUAUCUGAAACAGAAGAACGUGGAAAAAAGUGCUCGCUUCCUUGACAAAGCUGCCUCUUUGCUGAUGGGCAUGGCCAGCGACACAGACGGCGCAGAGAUGUCACUGGAGAUCUUGAAAUAUGCCUUGAAAAGGGCCGUGCUCAGCCAGAGCAGAAACGCUGAGGCCAGAGCCUGCUUCCUGCUGGCAAAGCAUUGCCUCAGCUUCAAGCAAGGGCAGGAACCGGCCCCCUUCCUGGAAAGGCUGCAGCAGCUGCUGAAUACGCGCCAGGGGUUGCCCAACAGCAGAGGGUCCGUGGACUGCUACUUGAAGCUUGGCCAACUCUACAGCAAGAAGUGCCUGCCCCGUCUGGCGCUCAGCUGCGCCAAGGUGGUGACUUCCCACAGCUCCUGUUCUCUGCAGGAGCUGUUCAGGAGCAUUGAUUUGGUGUUAAGGAACGCCUUCGCAGUCCACAGUCCCACACCUGGGGGACAAACGCACCCUUCCCUCAUGGCCUUCUACCUCAGAGAACUGCUUAGCAAGCUGGAAGGGAGCAGGGGCAGCCAGAAACUGUGCAGCAUCAUUUACUAUGAACUUUCUCAGCUGCAUAGCCAAUACAAGCAGUACGAAAAAGCCAUUGGUUACAUGGAGGAGGUUCUAGAGCUAAAUACGAGUGUACAGAUGGAAGACACUGUUGAGCACUUCAUUUUCCUGAGCUGGCUCUACAUCCUCCUUCAGCAGAAUGACACGGCUCUGCACAUUUUAAACGCGGUCACAGAGUCCCCCUGGAGCACCCGCCAGCAGUUGGGUGUCAUCCAUAACAUGGCGGCCAUUAGUCUGAGACGGCAGAACCAGUCCAGGCGAGCCGCAGAGAGCUACUUCAAAGCUCUGAGCAUUUCCAGAGAGAUGGGAAGCGUGGCUAAUGAGGCGGUGGCUUUGGCCAACCUGGGCAUCUUGUGCCUGCACUCGUCGGCCCAAGGCCUGGGGGAAUGUUUCUUGAUCAAAGCCAUCCAACUCUUCUCCCAACUCUCCAGUGAAGAAUGUGGGGGGAACUUUGUGGCCAUCCUCCUCCGGCUGGGGCACCACUAUGCCUGUGGGGUUCAGAAGGAGAAGGGGCGGAGUUGCUAUGAGUGGGCCUUUCUGGUCGCGAUGGAACUUGAGGAUGUGGAAGGGCAACUCCAGGCUGUCCAGCAUCUGUGUCAUUUCUACAGCACGGUUGUCCCAGAUCUGGCGCAAUGUGUCCUUUACAACGAAUAUCAGCUCACCUUGGUUAGGAGGAUGUCUGACAAGGUCAUGGAAGGGCAGGUGCUGGAGACCAUCAGCCAGCUCUAUCUGUCUCUGGGAACCGAAAGGGCCUGCCGUUCCGCCCUGGAGUAUCUCAAGAGAAGCCUCGGGAUAUUCAUCGAUCUUCAAGCCAAAAAAAAGGAGGCCCAGGCCUGGCUUCAGGCGGGAAAGAUCUACUACGCUCUGCGGGAGAAUGAAUUGGUUGAUGUUUAUAUCCAGGUUGCUCACAACACGGCUCUGAGUUCUCAGGAUCCCAAUUUAGAAAUGGAAAUGCUCGAAGCCUCAGGAGAUAUAUUUUUCAACGGAGACUGGGACAAGGAAAGGGCAGCGCCCUUCUACAGGGACAAGGCUCUGCCACUCGCCACGAAGGCCAAAAACAGCAGCGCUGAACUUCGUCUCUUCAACAAGUUGGUUGGGUUGUUCUUGACCUUAGGGAAGUAUGAAGAAUGCCUCGGAUACGCCCAGACAUCGUUAAUGCUCAGUGUCAAUUUAGGAGACCAGCUAAGUGAGCGAGUGGCCUACCACCGCCUGGCGGUCAUCCACCAUCACUUGGGUCAGAGUGAACUGGCUGAGCAUUUCUUCCUCAAAGCCGUUUCCCUCUGCCCCUCCCCGCUGGAGUUUGACGAGGAAGCCCUCUAUUAUGUCAAAGUGUACCUUCUCCUGGGAGAUAUCACCUUCUACGACCUGAAGGAUCCUUUUGAUGCUGCAGGAUACUAUAAUCUGGCCCUGGCUGCUGCCAUGGACUUGGGGAACAAGAAGGCGCAACUGAAGAUUUACACCAGACUGGCCAUAAUUUACCACAAUUUCCUUAUCGACCGAGAGAUGUCCCUCUUCUUCUACCAGAAAGCCAGAACCUUUGCCACGGAGCUAAAUAUUUGCAGAAUCAACCUCUCUCCAGACCAGCCUCCCAGGAGGAAGGGCCCAUGAGGCUCUCCCUCUAGACACUGGCUGGGGGGGGGGCUUGCAAGGAGCAGAGAGCAGCCCCCCCUUUUUCUGGCACCAGAGGCCAAGAGCUUCAGUUCCUGCAACACUCUUUCCCCACCCAUUUCCCCCCCAAAAUAAGGACCAAGUCAAGAAAGAAAAGGGCAUUGGGAUGAUCCUGGAAGGAACUGGCUAUGAAACCACAGAACAGUUGAAGUCAGCAAACGGUGAUCGUGUUCAAAUGAAAGCAUCUAACUGAAAAUAAUAAAUGGGCUAAAAUAAUAUACAAACUGAAGCUUAACAUUUUCUCAUGCUCCAAUUUUAAUAGUUCCAGGUUUGGGAAAUGGUGUUUGCAGUGCAUGUUACCUGAGGCAGCAACUGAUGGAUCUCCAUAUGAAAAAGAAUUAAAAGUAAAGUAACAGCUUUUGGUGGGGGACCCAGUUACAGUCUGAAGAUUUCCCUAGCAUUCUCAGAGUGCGGGCUCAUCAAAUUCUGUUCAACAUCCUCUUCAGCCUCUUGUGUCCAUGAAGGACUGCAGAGCAGUUGCGGUCUUCAGAUGUUCUGAAGGAUCUAGAGAGUUGGGCCUUGGCGUAGUCUUCUUUCUCUUAGGGUGAGAAAGAAAAGCUCAAAUGUGUCCGAGCCAUUCAAGAGAACUUGACAAGGCGUGACAUAAGGAAGCUGGGUGUCUUCCAGUACAUUCUUUUUAUAGCAACUGUCACUGUCUCAGGAUUAUCCUUAGAUGCUCCUCCGUGCAACUGAGCGUUACAACAGAUUCUUUCUGUUGGAGCAGAACACGUAUGUCCUCAUCCUCGAAUAAAUCCAACAAGAAUUUCCUCAACCCAAAAGCACAGAAGGAACUGAAGAUCAAUGAAAGAAACAUUGGAUGCCCAGUUCUUUGCAUUUCUUCCUCAAAUCAACAUGCAGAACAGAGCAGCAAAUGUGUGGAAUGAUUGGGGGUUCUCCUAGAACUCUACCUUACCAUGAGUAUUGUCAUGUUUUUGUUGCAGAUGCUUUUUAUUUUCAGUCUUACUGUGGGUGUUCAUGUAGUACCAGACAAUUUUAUUUUUUGCUUGUAAGCUGCUAUGAAUUUGAAUGGACAUACUGAACAAACAUCAUAAUAUCUUUUUAUUACUGUACAGACAUACAUAGUCAUGGAAAACUGAAUCAACCAGACACGGAUUACAAGAUUUACCUUAUAGGUACUGGGAGCCAGAAUCUAAGUUUAAGGAUGCAGAGUCUAAGUCUAAGGAUCCUCAGAGUCUAAGGAUGCAGCAGUCGGCCCAUAAUAAUCCCAGCUGAGCAAACAGAUUUCCUCAGCCACUUCUUCAGGAUUAGAUUCCAACCCUGUAAGUCGAUAAUGCUUAAGAACCGAAAUGGCUGCCUUUCCUGAUUCAAAGUAGAGUUUUUCUGAUCUGAGUCCCAGCUAAGAAGAAGAACCUGGUCUCAAAAGCAGACUGGCAAAAAAAAUUGGAGGUGAUUGUGCUUGGGGUCUCUCACUGGACACUUUUGACCAGUAAUAAAAAGGGUGUUGGAUGGACUUGCACGACUGGGAAAGAUUUCCACAUUUCACUGGGAAGGAAGGAAGGGGAGAGAGAGUGGGGACCUGCAAAGUCCAUUGCCAGGGUGUCAUAGUCCCCUUCCUCUGGAGGCAGUCUGUUCUUCCCUAGCAGAGCCGUCCAGGCACCUAGCAGCUAGAAAGUCAGAGAGACAUUCAGGGUUUUCUCUCCAGCGUUGUUUAUCCUAAAACUUCUUAAAAAGCAUGCAGAGAAUUUUUUAAAAAA